AUGGCGCAGCUGCUUUUUAAAGAGGAAUAUGUCCUCAGAAGAGAGGAGCUGAAGAAGAAAAGAGUUCAAUUUUUCAGCACUGAAGCCGCCCCUAAAUGGAAGAAAGUAUUUGUAAAUGUCCUGGAACAUACUGAAAGAGAAUCGCAGAGAUUACUACCACAGAGCCUUGACCAUUACCGCCCUGAGGUCUUUGAACACAGUAAAAAGUUACUGCUUCACCUUCUGAUUGCAUUAUCUUGCAAUAGCAACUAUCAAGCCAUUGCAUCAGUGCUUCUUCAGACCAGAGAGAUGAAUGAGACCAAGACUCUGACAGUACAACCAGCAUACUUACCUGAAUAUCUUUAUACAGGUGGCUUUGACUUUCUGCGGGAAUACCAGUCUUCUCCGGUGCCAGAUUCCGGCUUGAGCUCCAGCUCCACCUCCUCCAGUAUCAGCCUGGGAGGCAGCAGUGGAAAUCUCCCACAGAUUACACAAGAGGUUGAGGACAUGGACACUGCUGCUGAAACAGAUGAGAAAGCAAACAAAUUAAUUGAGUUUCUGACAACCAGGGCAUUUGGUCCACUUUGGUGCCAUGAAGAUAUCACUCCCAAAAAUCAGAACACCAAGAGUGCUGAACAGCUUACUAAUUUUCUGCGUCAUGUUGUAUCUGUAUUUAAAGAUUCCAAGUCAGGUUUUCAUUUGGAGCAGCAUCUGAGUGAAGUUGCUUUACAAACAGCCCUUUCAAGCUCUUCAAGACAUUACGCGGGUCGCUCUUUCCAGAUAUUCAGGGCCUUAAAGCAGCCCCUUUCUGCACAUGCAUUGUCUGACCUCCUGUCAAGAUUGGUGGAAGUUAUUGGAGAGCAUGGAGAUGAGAUUCAAGGGUACGUAAUGGAAGCACUACUUACUUUGGAGGCUGCUGUGGAUAAUCUGUCUGACUGUUUGAAGAACAGUGAUCUCUUGACAGUGUUAUCGCGUUCAUCUUCGCCAGAUUUGACCUCAAGCACCAAACUGACUGCAAACCGGAAGAGCACAGGACAGCUGAACGUGAAUCCUGCGAGUGGUAACACAGCCACUGCUGAACGAAGCAGGCACCAGAGGAGCUUCUCUGUGCCCAAAAAGUUCGGAGAUGUGGACAAGUCCUCGGACCCACCACGCAGUGCCACACUAGACAGAAUUCAGGCAUGCACCCAACAAGGCCUGUCCUCUAAAACCAGGAGUUCAUCUUCUCUAAAGGACAGUCUCACUGACCCAUCCCAUAUUAACAAUCCAACCAACCUACUGGCCACCAUCUUCUGGGUUGCUGUGGCUUUGAUGGAAUCGGAUUUUGAGUUUGAGUAUCUAAUGGCAUUGCGGUUACUGAAUAAACUUCUGGCUCAUUUGCCACUAGAUAAAGCUGAAAACCGGGAGAAGUUAGAGAAGUUGCAAGGGCAGCUGAAGUGGGCAGACUUCUCAGGGCUUCAGCAGCUACUCCUGAAAGGAUUCACAUCCCUUACUACCACUGAUCUGACACUACAGCUCUUCAGUUUGCUGACACCAGUGUCUCGAAUAUCCAUGGUGGAUUCCUCUCAAGCUAUAGGAUUUCCACUGAAUGUUUUGUGUCUCCUGCCCCAUUUAAUUCAGCAUUUUGACAGCCCAAACCAGUUUUGUAAAGAUAUAGCAGAAAGGAUCGCUCAGGUUUGUUUGGAGGAGAAGAACCCCAAGCUAUCAAAUCUUGCACAUGUCAUGACCCUUUAUAAAACACAUAGCUAUACAAGGGACUGUGCUACCUGGGUAAAUGUGGUUUGCCGUUACCUUCAUGAAGCUUUUGCUGAUAUUACAUUGAGUAUGGUUACAUAUUUGGCUGAGCUACUAGAAAAAGGCCUUCCUAGUAUGCAACAGUCCCUCUUACAGAUGAUCUACAGUCUUCUUAGUUAUAUGGACCUGUCAGCUAUUCCUGUGAAACAGUUUAACAUGGAAGUUCUGAAAACCAUUGAAAAAUAUGUACAGAGCAUUCACUGGAGAGAAGCCUUGAAUAUCCUGAAGUUGGUAGUUUCUCGGUCUGCCAGUUUAGUUUUACCGUCCUAUCAACACAACGAUCUUUCAAAAAUGGAAAUACAUCGAGUGUGGAACAGUGCCUCCAAGGAGCUACCAGGGAAGACUUUAGAGUUUCAUUUUGAUAUUUCAGAGACUCCAAUUAUUGGGAGACGGUAUGAUGAGCUGCAAAGUUCUUCUGGACGAGAUGGUAAAUCCAGGGCAAUGGCUGUCACCCGAAGCACUUCUUCAACUUCAUCAGGAUCUAACUCCAAUGUCCUUGUUCCUGUGAGCUGGAAGAGACCCCAGUACUCUCAGAAAAGGACAAAGGAAAAGCUGGUGCAUGUCCUUUCUCUAUGUGGUCAGGAAGUUGGGCUGAGCAAAAAUCCUUCAGUGAUUUUUUCUUCCUGUGGUGAUCUGGAUCUGAUUGAGCACCAGACGAGCUUGGUGUCUUCAGAAGACGGAACAAGGGAGCAGGAGAACAUGGAUGAUUCAAACAGUGAACAACAAUUCAGAGUCUUUAGGGACUUUGAUUUCCUAGAUGUUGAGCUGGAAGAUGGGGAGGAACUUCAGGGUGAGAGCAUGGACAACUUCAACUGGGGAGUACGCAGACGGUCCCUGGAUAGCCUGGACAAGUGUGACAUGCAGCUGCUGGAAGAGAGCCAGCUCUCAGGAAGCACGCCCAGCCUGAACAAAAUGAACCAUGAGGACUCCGAUGAGUCAUCGGAGGAGGAGGACCUGACCACCAGCCAAAUCUUGGAGAACUCAGACCUAGUAAGUUGCAAACUUUCACUUUCUACAUCAUGUGGCACAACCUCAGCAGACCCUCAUCAUUUUAACAUAGGAACGUCCAGCUUUGAUGUGUCUUUGCCUGAUAUGAAUAAUCUCCAAGUGUCUGAAGGAUCCAAGGUUGAAGCUGUACAUGAAGAACAAGAUACAGCAGUCCAUGAGGAUGACCUUUCAGGGUCUACAAAUGAACUCCCUGGAGCCUUUGAAUGCAGUGAUAGCCUUAGCCUGGAUAUGACAGAAACGGAAGAGAAAGCUGACAGGCUGGAACACUUCGCUCUUGCUAGUUUUGGAGAUGUUGAUCGCAGUGCCUCCCCUCCUCCCUCACCAUUUUUUUCGGCCAUCCUUGCUGCAUUUCAGCCAGCAGCAUGUGAUGAUGCAGAAGAAGCCUGGCGUAGUCAUAUCAACCAGCUCAUGUGCGACUCUGAUGGUUCUUGUGCAGUUUAUACAUUUCAUGUGUUCUCUUCCCUGUUUAAGAAUAUUCAGAAAAGAUUCUGCUUCCUAACCUGCGAUGCAGCUAGUUAUUUGGGAGACAACCUGCGAGGAAUAGGUUCCAAGUUUGUGAGGUCUUCUCAGAUGUUAACAUCAUGUUCAGAAUGUCCCACCCUUUUUGUAGAUGCAGAAACACUGCUCUCCUGCGGCCUUCUUGAAAAGCUGAAGUUCAGUGUUUUAGAACUUCAGGAGUACCUGGACACUUACAAUAACAGGAAGGAAGCAACACUCUCGUGGCUUGCAAACUGCAAAGCAACAUUUGCUGGGGGUUCUCGGGAUGGAGUUAUUACCUGCCAGCCAGGGGACUCAGAAGAGAAGCAAAUGGAAUCUCUUGCACAAUUGGAACUGUGUCAGAGAUUAUAUAAACUGCACUUCCAGCUGCUGUUGCUUUUUCAGUCCUACUGUAAACUUAUUGGACAAGUGCAUGAAGUCAGUUCCAUGCCAGAGCUGUUAAAUAUGUCAAGGGAACUGAGUGAGCUGAAGAAAAAUCUGAAGGAUGCUACUGCUGCAAUCGCAGCUGAGCCUCUGACGGUGGAAUCUGAGCCCACAUUCAACUCAACGGAAGCAGCUAUUCAGUCCAUGCUGGAGUGUUUGAAAAACAAUGAACUUGUUAAAGCCGUCCGACAAAUAAGAGAAUGCAGGAUUUUGUGGCCCAAUGAUAUCUUUGGAAGUAGCUCUGACGAUGAAGUCCAGACACUACUGAACAUUUACUUCCGGCACCAAACCUUGGGUCAGACGGGCACCUAUGCACUGGUGGGCUCCAACCAGAGCCUGACUGAAAUCUGUACCAAAUUAAUGGAACUGAACAUAGAGAUCCGCGACAUGAUUCGCAGAGCUCAGAGUUACCGGGUCAUCAAUACUUUUCUUCCAGACUCCAGCAUUUCCGGCACAAGUCUCUGACAGGACUCUGGUGUCCUCUUUCAAGCUGGGAGUGCUGCCCUGUUGGAGUGAGGUGGCUCAAUGUCUUCUCAGCCUUACAAAGGUUUGGUCAAACUGUACUGGCUCUUGUUACGUUUAGGAUUUCUUCUAAAAAGCUAUGGGCUGAACUUCAAACGUGUAGCAAUACUGUAAGGACAAAGGUAGCAUAGAGCAUCCGGGACGACAUCCUUUGUUCUCUGUUGCACAAAAAUCAGUUAGCAUUUCACUGAGCAACUGCAACUCACUACUGAAGAAGUGACUUCCAUUGCAUACCAAAGCCUACUACACUGAACAAUACUUCCUUUAUAGCAAAUUAAUUUUAGGUUGGCAGAAGUGCAAUGUUUCCUUCACGAAAUAAUAUUUUUUGUUAAAAGAAAACUUGUACAUUUUUUCUGGUUUUUUUUUUUUCUCUUAUUUGGUUGAGUGAAAGAUGGGCAGAAUGAAGCUGGCCACAGAAUCUCACAAACUUGUUGGUCAAAAGCUGAGAGCCUGUGUAUAUGAAACAAAUUGUAAAUGGACUACAGUUUAAUGUACACUGUAAUUUGAAUAUGAUUACUGUAUCUUAAAACAACGAGCUGCUAUGAAGUACAUUUCCUAAUGUUACUAGGCUACUGUCUCUGAAGGUACUGGAUCAUAUUGCAGAGGUCUGUUCUUA